UAACGAGAGUUUUUCAACAGGUGUUUCAAUUCAUAAUACACACGCGCAAUACCACUACCUGAAUCCUGAGUUUGUGCGUCAGAGAAAUAAACUAGUGUUUAUAUAGAUGCUUUCUUUUUGCAUGUUAUCAGUUUUAAAGUCACUAGCGGGUCCAGCGAUAUCAUAAGUUACUUAGUGGUUGAGUUAGCUUGUUUUUUUUAGAACUAUUCCAUUUUGGAUGUAAGAAUAUAUUCGCCAGUUUUGAUCAAAAUUCUUUGGAAUAACUUGUUUAGUCACUUGGAUGAACAUUGAAGCUGUUGUAAGGACAAUAACAGUUAGAUCAUCAGUACUGGUUUCUUAAAACUGCACGUGUUCGAUACUACCAAAUGUAAAGCAGUUCGUGGUUAAGCAAUAACGAAUCAUCUGUGUAACGUUAACAAAUGCAUCGCUACCGAACGAUAGGCUUAAUCAAACGGAAUGAUAAUAAGAAAGACCACUUAUGUUCGUUACGUGUACAGAGUUUUAUAUCCGCUUGGUAAACUGGGAAUGCGGAUGCUUGUCAAUCACAUAUCAUAUCAAGACUUAUUCUAUGGUUGAAAGAAGUGGCUUUAUCAUCAAGAAGUGAUAACUUAUUAUUGAAACUACAGACGAUACCGAAUCAAUAAAGUCUUGUUCUUCUCUGAAGACGAAACACAUCAGUUCGCUAACUUAGAACGCAAACUUCAUUUACGUGAGUAUGUAUCACUUUACAGUCUGUGUUUGAUUUAUAUAAUCCAAGAUGGCUUCUGCUGAAUUAGAAGACUUGUUUAAAACUUACGACACUAGAGGGACAGGUUACUUAAGCCAGGAUGAAUUGCGAAACUUGUGUGCUAAAUUUGGAAUUAGUGUUCAAGAUGCUGACGCUAUAUUCCAUGACCUAGACCACGACGAUGAUGGCAGAAUCGAUUAUGAAAAAUUUUCGAAUGGUUUUACAGUUUUUGCAACCCAAAGCCGAAGACAAUCAGUCGACCCCGAUCCGACUUCGUGUCUUGAUGAAGAUAAGAAACAGAUGGUGUUUCAAACAUGGCAGAACCUGAUGAAGGAACUAGGAAAAGCAGGGAAUCUUAUCAGUGAAGAAAAACUCUUAGCUAUGUCUACAGAACUUCAAAACAGUGAAAACCCAAACCUAGUAAUACAUUUCGAAACACUGAUUAGUGAUUUACUGGAAAGUAUUAGAAAACUUCAGGAAGAAAAUGCAAAAUUAGAGAAUUUAUGGAAAAGGGAGAAGAAAGAGCACGAGCGACAUCUACAUAGUUCGGAAGAAGAGCUUGAUACUCAAGUAAAACAUUUAGAGCUUCGGGAAAAGAAACAGGUGGAUUCUUGGCUGAAGUCCGUUAAGGACCCUAUCAAAGCUGACCGACUAUCAGAAGUCCUUACAAAGCUUGAAGAUGCUGUGGAUGAGAACCGUCAGGUUCGAAUUUCAUUGAUGGACACUCAAACUAGUGUGGCCUUAAUGAGGAGUGACAUUGCUCAACUGAGGAGUAUGUAUGAGGAGAAAUGUCGCGAGCUGAGAAGUGAGAGAGAGCGAGUUUUGGAUGUUUUUAACAAACAUGAUCACCUCAGUAGACUACUUUUUCUCUUACAUGAUGACACCAAAAGACUUCAGGACACCAACGACACCCUGGGAGAGUUUGUAGAUGUAGAAAGAAACCUUUGUCACAAACAAACAUCACACGUAGAACUUGGUAAAACGGACUCAAUCAUUGGGGAUUACCUAUGUGCUGAAAUGCCUUCUAUAGGGCUUGCAAAAUCAAAACAGUCGUCGAUAGAAGAAAAUGAUGAUGGAUAUUCUCUCAUCGAAGAUUCUGAGGACAACCGACGUUUGUUAAUGUCUUGGUUUGGUUUAAACAAUGACGACAACAGUAACAUGGACAGUAUUAUGGAUGACAUUGACAGUGGACUUUCAACGCUACGAGACGUCACUGAGACCGAUGAUUUUAGUGACAAUGUUGCCGAAGAAAAUGAAAAACAGGCGAAAAUUUUGAGGUUAACUACGAAAAAAGAAUCUUCAACGUCCACCCAGUCGCAAUCUGGAAGUCGUAAGAGUAGCCUUUCCGAACGAAGACAUCUUUCUAAACCUAAAGUUAGAACAGAAGUUCAGAGUAUGUUGCAGUCUGAUGCGAAAGUAAAGAGUGAUAUUUUGGAAAAUGGACAACCGCUAAGCUACAGCAUCACACACACAGAGUCAGAAGAAGGCUUCUCAUCUCGCCGUGUUAUGGAGAUAAAACGACAACUUGGGUUGGAUCCUGAAGUUGCUGGAUACACUAGACAACUAUCAUCUAAACAAUCAACUCCUACAUCAACUGUGGACGGUACCCCUGUUCCCACCCCUCGUUUAUCUUUGGAACACCACCCAGCGCAAGCGAGGAAACUCCCUCCUCAUCCACUACCACGAGGUCGCUUCAAGCAACAAAAGGCAGUACACGUAGUUACAAAGAAGUCUGAUGUUAAUAAGAGAAUCCUAAAUCAGAGCGUAGAAGUAGCGAAUAUCCACGAAGAACGGAUUGUUCACGCACAAGAGGAGAAUCACCAACAACAAAAAUUGAAAGCUGUGGAAAGUUACAGUAUUGAACCAAAGAGUCCUAUCGAUAGAACGUACAAAGUAGAAGUAGCGAAUAUCCACGAAGAACGGGUUGUUCACGCACAAGAGGAGAAUCACCAACAACAAAAAUUGAAAACUGUGGAAAGUUACAGUAUUGAACCAAAGAGUCCUCUAGAUAGAACGUACGAAGUAAAUAGAGGUGACAGUUUUGAGCCUAAUGGUCCUCAAGAUAGAACGUACAAAGUAGUGUUUGUCGGAGAUGCUGCUGUUGGGAAGUCUUCGCUGAUCAUUAGACUCAGCAAAGGCGUCUUUGUGGAAAACCUUACAUCAACUUUAGGUGUUGAUUUUUACAUGAAAUAUUUGAGAGUCGAUGGCAGAAACAUAGCAGUGCAAUUAUGGGACACCGCAGGACAAGAACGGUUUCGCAGUAUAACUCAAUCUUACUUCCGUAAAGCUGAUGGUAUAAUGUUGGUGUAUGACUGCACUAACGAACAUUCCUUCUUAAACGUACGCCAGUGGAUAGAUGCUGUGGAUGUGUCCUGUUUCUACACCAUGAUGGCGCUGCAUGCAAACAGUCCCACCAGGGAUGUGGCUUCUCAACGGAUACCAGUUGUGAUUUUGGCAAACAAAACAGAUCAACGGAAAAUGGCUCAAGCAGAAAAGAGGUGUUGUGUUAGUACAGAAGACGGACAAAAACUUGCAAAAGAUUUCGAGGCUCUUUUUAUUGAAGUUAGUGCUAAGACAGGACACAACGUGUUAGAAUCGUUGGUUAUUCUAGCUCGUGCCAUGUCAGCAACAGAAGAUGUUCAGGUCAAAUGUGCGGGACUAAGUUUGAAAGAAGCAAUGCCAAAACCUGCCAGUUCUAACAAAUGUCUAAGAAAGUGCUCUAAGUAGAAGACGAAGAUUCCACUAAAUGAGUCGAGAUCAAUUUCUCAAAUAAACAUUUUUUUUUGGUAUUAACGUGGAAAAAAAAAGAUUUCACAUCACAAAAAAAAACCUGUUACUAAAUCUUGACUAGUAUUUGUUCUCAAAAGCAUGAGCUAAAUGCAUCAUUAUUUUAAGUAAUAUUUACUCUUUCUACGUUUGUUUAUAUAAAUCGUAUUUGUUCCGAACUUUCUUAAUUGUCAGAUUCAGUUAGGUGGUUUACUUCAAGUUUGAUAAUUUUUUACAUAAAUGUUUUUCUAACAUUCUAAAAUGUUUUUCUAUUAAAUUCUAUUUUUUCUACUAAAGCUCAACAACUAACAUUAUAUUGAUAAUGUCUAUUCUGUCAGGACCAAAUCAUGAAGUGUACAGAGAGUGUAUCCUUGUUGUCUAUAUGUCCCGUUUUGGACCUCUCAGUCCCGGUGUCCUGUAGAGAUAUUUCGGGACGUAACAAAUGUACCAGUUUUAUCUUAUCUUGUUUUUCAUUUUUUGCUGGAUGACUCCAUAUUUGUUUAAAAGUUCCAGUUUUUAAAGAAAACUAGUAAUCUACUUUUUUGGUUAAUAUUGUAGUAACUACAGGGACAGUUUUGCCGGGACAAUCCCGUUUUGUGGUAGUUUGUCCCAAUGUCCCGAGGAAAGUUCUUUGAACUCACGUGACUCACCAAACAACUUAUGAUAAAGACAUCAAACUGUCAGUCGCGAAUGUGUUAGGUCUACCUGACUUGUUCAUUGUUGUAACACUUACUCCCAUGCUACCAAACUCUCUCGAAAGUCCCUAUAUAUAUAUUUAAAUCUAGAAGACUUUUAUGCGCAAAAACAAAAAAAAAAGUUUACAUCUCGCCAUUUUGAUUUAUUUAGAAAUAUGUAGAUCUCAUAUUAGCUUUGCAAUAAUAUAGUCACCUUGUUCUCCACGAAAGCGUCGAAUAUUAAGUACCGUAUUAUUCGGUGUAUAAGACGCAUUUUUUACCCCAAAAUUUGAUGUCAAAAUCUGCUUGCGUCCUAUACACCGAAGGUACGAAUAAUAUAUAUGUAUAUAUACGAUAUACACA